AAGAGUAGUAUAGAGUUGUUGGAAUGUAAUUUUGAAAAUAUCUAUUUUACAGACUUCUGGAUUGAAGUCCAGCCUGCUUUCAUGUCAAAGCAUGGCCAAGAGGUGUAUAUUUAUUAAUUUAAGCCUUUCAAGAAAACACAAAAAGCUUCAAAAAUGAAAAAAUCUAAUCCAAAUCAGAAGACAUUGUUUCAAAGCUGGAGCAAACAGUCGUCAUCUCAUGGUACAUCGUCAAGGCAAGACGYUCAAAACAACACYAGAUUUGAUCCUUUAGAGAUYAUAGAACUUGGAGAUGAUGAUGAAGAUGACGGGCUACUUGCUGCGGCAAUGGAAAUGGCGACCGUCGACGAAAACACACUUCCUCAGACAUCAACAACUUCGCACAAUAACAAUGCAAACACUUCAAUAAGUUCUGMCUCACCUAAAGAGAUCGAGCAUAUACCCGGCUUUGAUAUGGAAGCWGGGAAUGUAUGGAUCUAUCCUACRAACUAUCCWAUACGAAAUUACCAAUUUCAAAUCGUUGAGAAAGCAUUGAUGAUGAACACGUUAGUGACUCUCCCCACCGGUCUGGGGAAGACAUUUAUUGCUGCUGUCUUGAUGUAUAACUAUUACCGGUGGUACCCCCAGGGGAAGAUUAUAUUUAUGGCUCCAACAAAGCCUCUUGUGGCUCAACAGAUUGAGGCUUGUUAUAACAUWAUGGGAAUCCCUGAAUCAGACACAACAGAGAUGACGGGUGCAAUGGCUCCCACUAGACGAGAAGGGCUAUGGAAGUCCAAGAGGGUCUUCUUUCUAACAGCUCAAGUUCUAAUGAAUGACUUGGGUAGAGGGUCUUGUGCUGCAGAGGAUGUGGUACUCCUGGUGUUUGAUGAAGCGCAUAAGGCACUUGGCAAUCAUUCCUACUGUCAGGUAGUAUUAGGGGGGAUAGUWGGAAGACUGUUCUGUAAUAGAGCCUUAUGGCAAAAUGAUCCUCAAAGAGUCACCAAGUUUAUGCUGCUUACUGGAAGGACCAAGUUCAGAGAAAGAGAAGCCGAGGGUUAUACAAAUGGCCAAAAAGGUGCCAUAGAGGGGGAUUUUGCCAUGGCCAUCAGCCUCUACCAUGCUUAUGAACUACUUCACCAACACGGCAUACUUUCGUUUUAUAACUUCAUUAAGGCAAUCGUCGAUGGAAGUAAAGGCAUGUCACGAGCUCGAAGUGAACUCAUGCGMCACACAGACUUUAUGAAUGUCAUGAACGAACUGCGUGAACUCAUCGAAAAACCACCUGAUGAAAUGUCAGCCGAAACAAGUGCCUUAUUCUCUCAAUUCACGUCUCCUCGACGACGGUCCAUGAUGAGAGAAGCCUUUGACCCUUCCUUCAAGAAACUAAUGUUAUGRAAUUAUAUUCAGGUUGUUCAAAGAUUUCGAAAAGGUGGAUACAACACGCUUGUAGCGACGUGCGUGGGCGAGGAGGGACUGGACAUCGGUGACGUCGAUCUCAUUGUUUGCUUUGAUGCGCAUGCGUCGCCUAUUCGACUUGUUCAACGAAUGGGAAGAACUGGAAGGAAGAGGAAUGGGCGCAUUGUUGUCUUGGUAACAGAGGGAAAGGAAGAACAGAUUCUAGAGUUCAUUGAGCUGCACAAUGGUGAAGACGAUUCUUAUGAUGUGGAGAUGAUGUCGUUUUUAAAUGAGAAUGAUCUUCCGAACGUCGAUGGUGGGCUUGAAGAUGACAUARAUGAUGCUCCCYUGAUUAUUCUUAAUGAUGGAGAUGAUGUCAUCAGACUUGGAAAAGAAAAAGAGAAAAACGAGAAUCAAAAGAAAAAACGCAAAGUUUCUAAUGAUAGUAAUGCAGCCGAAAGCAAGAAGAGAAAGACUAGCAYAGAUAAAAYCAAAGASACYUCGAUUAAGGAAAAGAAGAAGUCCAAAGCGAGYAAGAAACCSUCUCCAACGCGAAARUGGAAGGAUUAUCUUARAGCUUUYGAAAACGAAGACAACGAUUUUGAAGCUGUUGAGAAAGAAUGUACAGUAGRUGAUAACGAUAGCUUURAAACGUCURACGCAUUGCUAGAUGGUGCARCGAAAGAACAACCURGAGGUAAUUUUGUUGUUGAAAGCGAGGKUGAGAAUGAAUGCGKYAAUCCUGUCAAGAAUGUCACGGAAGAAACCGAUGAUAAUGAUGAUGAUACAAUCCUGUCSAGCCAGCAAGUAUCCCAACURCUGCCUUCAGUCAACCCYAGUGACYCUUUCCUYUUCCGGUCAAAAAUCYUGGAUGRGAAAAACUGUGCCAGGGAAGUUCCAAYUCCACCUUCUUUAGACACUUUGAAUGAAAUAAGCCCAUCUGUUUCAAGUCUGACUAGCAAAUCACAUCAAAAUGAGAAGCAAAAGUGGGAUAAACUAUCUUCUUGCAGAAGAAACUWUCACAAAGAUGGUAAACGCGAUACAUGUGAAUUCARUUUAAUGGACUCUGAUUUUGAAMGUGGGAAUGGAAAAAUGGAAGKYGAGGGAAUGAAAAWUGAAGAGUYUCCYACGAAGACARCUAUUAUAGAAGAGCCACCSGAUGUCUUUGAYUUCGAUGAUACSGAAUUCUGUGACGAAUCUAUCMSUGRCAGGAGUCCUAAACRUAUUUUUAAAGAGCCUCCGGAUGUUUUUGAAUUCGAUGAUACGGAAUUCCGUAACRAAACUAUAACUGAUAAGAACCCUAAGGGUAUUUUUAAAGAGCCCCCGGAUGUAUUUCAAUUUGAUGAUCAUGUAGAAGGCUUAGGGCAAGAUGAGCAUAAUGUUCAUAAAGUAACUACCGAUGAAGAACGAGAGAAGGAAAACCAUAAAAAGGAACAACAAAAAGAGAAUAAUGAAAACGAUGAUGACUUYGAAGAACCCUUUGGACUAUUCGAAAUUGACUUAACUAAUGACAUGAUGGACGACAACAAGAACGAAAAUGUGGAAUUAGAUAACAAGACAGCAAGCRACUUUCCAACGAUCGACAAGAAUAGGAAUAAAAUCCGAGAUGCGCCCGACCCGAUCCAUCUCGAAGACAUUGGGGACGAUUUAAGCAAACCUUUUCAUAAAUCUCUUUUGCCUUGUAACUCCUCAAGCAAAUCUUCCCAUGAUAGCGUAGAAUUUGACUUUGGUGAAGACAUCUUGACUGAAGGCCUUCUAGCUGACUUAGUACAUGAUGGCAAUUGUGAGGAUAAAUCUUGCUUUUCUAGUAAUKUACCCAGAAAAGACGUCGAGGAACCGAYGAAAGAGGAARCAAAAGAAAAUUGUCAGAGCGAUUCCAAGGAAAUGUYAAGAAACUCGAAAGAAACAAGUCCAAAAGCAUCGAAGAGGAGWCUAGAAUCAAGUAUUUCKAAACUUGGCGCAUUUGAACGAAGUACAAAGACUUCUGACUCGUCUGGUCUMAGCAAUAGGGUAAAUGACAGCAUAGAAAACARCUCUAAAACUGUAGCUGAAAGUACUCGAAUGACUCCCACUAGCGAGAAACGACAGAACGAUGAYUUUGAGUUCAAGAAGCCGAGYAUUUCUGUGCUUAACCGCUUUCCAAAGUCUCCAGGGUUAAGAGGUUUCAAUGAACACACACUUGAAAAGCAUGGAUUACCCCAGUCGAAAUUAACAGGCGUUUCGACCAAGCUCUCUUUGAAGAAAACCGCUGGCAAUCGCCUUGAGAGGGGCAGGGAAGGAUCUGUAGGAAAACUARCAUCUAUGAAUCAAAAUGAAAGCGAACAAGUACAGAGCAAAGUGACUUUCAAUAAGUUCGACAAUAUUCAAAUGAAGAUUCCCAAAGAAAAGAACCUAUGUACAUCUCWCGUGAAUAGCCGUUCUCAAGUGCAAUCSAAAACUAAGUGUCAACAACAAKCACCGUCUUUAGAACAAACUGGCGUUUGUGAUGAACAGACCYURAAAUCUCCCACAUGUAAGAAUAUUGGGUGUACACAAUCUGCAGAUGAAGACUCCCCUGUUAUCAGGAAUCGUUCAAAGUCAAMACUUCGUCCAACUAUUUCGUCUCCWGUAUCCCCAGCAUGCCRCACUCCUGUCGGCGUUAAGAUCAUUACCGAGSCAGACGAAGAAUCGCCAUUGGUUCGAAAGCGUUCGAAGAUCAAGAAAAAGAAUGGAGAUGUUGUUGCGAUCGCUGAAAGCGACGAGGAAGAUGAGGAUGAAGGUGCGCCUACWGAAACUCGCUGCGUCCCUGAACGACAGAUUACGAGGAAGCAAAGAAAAGAUGAUAUGAGAARAGCGAAAAUGAUUUUGUCUGACAGCGAAGAAGAAUUCAUACUGGAGAAUAUCAAAAAAGGUUCUAAAGAUAAGCAUGACUUGAAUCCAAGAGAUCGAAAGAUGCAUCUUAAGGCCAGCGUAAAGCGAAAACGACAACACAGUGUUGUACCGUCCAAGAAACAAAGAACUCAUCGUAUCGAUGACUUUCUUGACGAGGAAGCCGAGCUCUCYGGAACCGACAUUGAAGAAUUCUCCGACGACGAAAGUGAUGGUGAUGGUGAAUUCGAUAGUUUCAUCGAUGAUUCCUCACAACUAACUCAAAAUACUCCAGUACAGGCCAACCCUAAGAAGCGUAAGUCAAACCAUGACAUGUUAGCGGUGUAUCGACAAUCGCUCUUYAGUCCWCUUGCGCGUGAUUUAAACUUCAAAUCGCCUACAAUGUGUCGUAAUAAGAAUCGGUACAAGAUGAAGUAYGGAGUCGAGAACUGUGAUGAAUCKUUGUCGGAGGCGGAAGAAACAUACGCAAGAGAGAGUGACCUUGAAAACGAGCUGGGACCUGACAGCGACAUAGAUGUGUCUGGGGAUACACUAUCUGUUGACGAUGAUGAAAGUUAUUAUGAUGGCAAUGAUGACAACGAUGAUGAAAAGGAUUCGACACCAGUAGCGAGUCAAAUUCGACGGCCUUUUAAYCGAGUAAAAAGAAAACGUAUAAUAUUGAAUGAAAGCAUCGAAGAAUCACCCGUUCGCCYAGCUAAYACCAAUMAUCAAUCUCCCAUAGUGACUCCAUCGAAGGCUUGUGUAACUAAACCGCAAUACGCAUGCCCAUCWAARAAAUCACCGUUUGUGACSUCAUCUUCUAUUGUAAACCGUGAGCCUCCCACACGUGAAAGCACUCCAUUAAAUAUACGYUCAAAUAAUACAAAGUCGUUGAGUAAAGAUCCRAAUUUMAGUGUUGAUAGCAAUGAAACGAUGASUAAUAAUAAUUUGUCUACGACAUUUGAAUUUGAUUGGGGGUUAGACUUCAGUGAUUCGGAUUUACUGGAUGCCGUACAAGAUGAUAAGAAAAGUAUUGAUGCUAACAGUGCUGUACCAGCUGAUCAAGAUAAUAUUAAUAGGAAAUCAGAUGUCUGCGAUCAAGAAAUGCAAGAAAUUGCCUUUGCAAUGGCUGCAACUGACGAUGAYGUCAACGURGAAAUGUCCGAAUUGCCWACGUUUUCCCUGGGGCUYGACCUCUUCGGCGGUGACAGCGAAGACAUUGGCACCGAUGUACAGGAAAAUACUUCAGCGAAACAACGUAAKGAUCUUAACUCCGUAGAAGAAAGUAAAAAAGCUCAAUUCACAAAAAUAUCACCCCGGUCAUCUGCUGUCUCAAAUGGUCGUGGUAACAGCAACCAGAAUGGCAAAAAUAUGGAACUUCCUUCUGCACAGCAUCUAAAAAACAGCCAUUUCUCUACAGCUCAAAAAAUGAAGAAUGUUGGACCUUCUACAACGAAUAGUAAACUCUCUACAAGACAAACUGUAAACAAUAUUGGACGUUAUCCAUCGAAUGGUACACUUUCUGCAGAUCAAAAUAUACAUCAUGUUGAACCUUCUUCUCUGCCAAGAAAUAAGGCGAUAAGCUCACUCUGUUUAGGUCAAAAUGUAAAGAAAAAUGAUGCUCAAAAUACGAAUGAAAGUAMAUUCUCAAAGCCUCAAAAUWUWAUGAAUACUGGAGCUUUUAAAUGGUCGAAUAGUGAUAYUUCAACGGUURCGAACAGCGGAACUACUUCUAAGAAUCAACAACAAAGUAGGCAAURUAGRACUGAAAAGAACUCGACAUCAUUGGUUCAACCGAACACUCAGGCUAAYAAUAAAUGGUCCUGGGGUAGUAAUUCGUCGGGACGUUUGUCACAUUUACCGUCAAAUGGAYUUAAAGAUGUCACUAAUAUCGACGUAAAGCCUGGUGGAUCGAGUAAUGGUGUCAAGUCUGUUCCCACAGCUUUUGUGUCUCCAUCGCAAAAAGACAAAGGCAAACUAGUCGUGCUAGCAGAUACCAAGGAGAUUUCCAACUCACAGGUAGUAUCGACACUUCGUCGUCARCACAACAUCAAAGUCGAGGUCUGUCAGCUGCAACACUGUGAUUAUGUAGUCAGCAAUAGAAUGGGAGUUGUCAGAAAACUAUCAUCAGCUGUUGCGAAUGGUUCCAAUUCAACCAAGAUUCUUGAUCGAAUGAGAGUUGUUUGUGAUUUAUACGACCGACCUUGUUUUAUCAUCGAGAAAGACCGCGUGAAGUCUGGAGAGACUGACCGUGAUUAUUCAAAGAGCAACGCCUAUAUUUAUACGCUGGCUUGUAUGGCUCAAACACACAUCAAAGUUUUGACCAGUCAAUCUCAAGAGGAAACUGCUUCUCUUCUCACUGAUCUUGCUACUCUUGAAGCAAAGAAAAACACUCACAUAGUCGCUCCUACUGUAAUGAAUAAAGAGACACAGCAGGUGUUUCGAUUUCUCUUAUCAAUUCCACGUGUCAGCUACAUCACCGCUCUAAACUUGUGCUCUUCUUUGAGGACAAUGCGUGAUCUUUUAUCCUGCUCACCAGAGGAUUUGAAGAAGACCACAAGACAACUGAGCGAAUCGCGAGCUKCAGAGCUUCACAGCUAUCUUAGACAUGAAUUUAAUGAAAGUAUGAUAAACAAAAAUAUGAGAAAAAAUACGUGAUAUUGGACAAUGAAUAUAUUAUCAAUCAAAUGUUUCUAAUGAAUUGGAAAGUUAAUUUGUAAAUAGAUAGUUUAUGGUGAGUACAGUAAUAAAUUUGUUCCUUUUCUUA